UUAUUGCCUCGUGUUUAGUUGGAUAUUGCACUUAAUCAAUCCACUUUUUGCAUUCACGUUGUUCACAUCGAUUAAUUUUCCAUUUUUUUAAUUAUUAGUGUUGUAUCUGGAAAUAUGUCGUUAGAGAUAAGUAAGGAUGAGUUGGCCGAAGCUUCACAGGAAUUUUUGCGUGAUGAUAUUGUUCACUGGAAAGAACCUGAUAUAUCUAAUCCAAACAAAAUUCCAGUUCCCGGUGAACGUAACACUUUGAUCACCAGUGCUUUGCCGUAUGUGAAUAAUGUUCCUCAUUUGGGCAAUAUAAUCGGCUGUACUUUAAGCGGUGACGUAUUUGCUCGUUACUGUCGAAUUCGUGGCGAUAAUGUUCUUUAUAUUUGUGGUACUGAUGAAUAUGGUACGGCUACCGAGAAUAAAGCUCAGGAAGAAAAAUUAAGUCCGAAAGAAAUUUGUGAUAAAUAUCAUGCUUUACAUGAUGAUGUUUAUAAAUGGUUCAAUAUUCGAUUUGAUCGUUUUGGUCGAACAUCGACUGAAACGCAAACGCGGAUUGUUCAAGAAAUCUUCAAAAAAGUAUAUGCAAAUGGCUAUGUAAUCAAAGAAGAAAUCGAACAAUUGUAUUGUGAACAAUGUCCUAAAUUUUUGGCAGAUCGUUUCGUAGAAGGUGUGUGCCCGUUUUGUGCCUACGAAGACGCUCGUGGUGAUCAAUGUGAUAAAUGUGGAAAAUUGAUCAAUGCAAUCGAAUUGAAAAAACCUCGCUGCAAAACAUGUUCAUCACCUCCAGUUAUCAAAAGUUCUCGACAUUUAUUCAUAGAUUUACCAAAAAUUCAGCCGAAAUUAGAAAAAUGGCUAGAUGAAACACUGAAAAAGGAAAAUUAUUGGUCACAAACUGCAAAAGUAAUAACAAAUUCAUGGAUUAAAGAAGGUCUUAAACCACGUUGUAUUACACGAGAUUUAAAAUGGGGUAUUCCUGUUCCGCUUGACGGUUAUACUGAUAAAGUUUUCUACGUUUGGUUUGAUGCUCCAAUCGGUUACAUAUCAAUUACUGCCGAACUUUGUCCACAAUGGGAAAAAUGGUGGAAAGACCCUGACAAUGUUGAAUCAUAUAAUUUUCUUGCUAAAGAUAAUGUAACGUUCCAUGCGAUCAUUUUUCCUAGUACGUUAUUAGCGACUCAUGAAAAAUGGUCAAUGGUAUCACAUAUCCCAGCAGUUGAAUAUCUUAACUAUGAAGAUAGCAAAUUCUCCAAAAGUCGUAGUAUUGGCGUAUUUGGGGAUUCUGUUCGUGAAACAGGAAUUCCAUCAGAUAUUUGGAGAUUUUAUUUGCUCUACGUACGCCCAGAAAAUCAAGAUACAACGUUUUGUUGGAAUGAUUUAAUGGCCAAGAACAAUACCGAAUUGUUGAAUAACCUGGGCAAUUUCCUAAAUAGAGUAUUGACAUUUUUGUCCAACAAUUUUGAUGCAACAAUUGGUGAAAUAAAAUUGACCUCAUCCGAUCAAGAAUUGUUGGUUCAAUUGAAUCGCGAACUGCUAGUCUUUAUUGAUUCAAUGAACAGAGUUCGAUUACGAGAUGGAAUCAAAAUCAUUCUGAAUAUUAGCCGAAUUGGCAAUCAGUACAUUCAAUCUGAAAAACCUUGGACUUUGAUCAAAGAUCCGUCUACUCGAGAUCGAGCGCAUAGUGUUCUUAGUUUGGGCGCCAAUAUUUGUCUUCUUUUGUCAAUUUUGAUGGAACCUUACAUGCCGGUUACAACUCAACAAUUGCAAGAGCAGAUUAAUUUCAAAUGCAAUUUAUUACCAAAAAAUCAUCGAUUUGUAUGCCUACUUAAACCUGGUCAUAAAAUUGGAAAGCCAUCACCAUUAUUCAAAAAACUUGAACAAAAAGAAAUGGACCUAUUCCGGAAAAAAUUUGGUGGUUCCAUUGCCGAUAAAGAAAAAGAAGCAUCCAAUGUUCAGCUAGCUAAACUUUUCGAAAGUAUUUCAUUGAAAACCGACAAAGAAAUUGAACAAUUAAUUGCCGAACAAGGUGAUAAAGUCUUGAAAACGGAAGAUGUCCCAGAUUUGAAUAAUUUUGCCACCACCAUCAAUCGUACAGUACCACAGAUGCCAACUGGUAUGGAAAAAGAAGAAGAAUGUGAACAUCAUCUGCAACGGGCUAUUUCGGCACAACAAGCUCAUGGUAGGGCUGUUGAUCAUGUGAUCCCAACGCCAGAAGUUUUUUCAGUUGAAGACAAAGUUUAUGACGAAUUCUAUCCCCCAACAUAUAAAAUACCUCGCCAGUUAAUUCAUGUUCAGCUGCCAUCUUUUGAACAAGAUUAUCCGGAUUAUGACCUCGAUUCAGAAGAUGAAACAUGGCUGUCAACGACAAAUCUAUCCGGCUUACCACAUACCAAAUUCGAAGAAAUGAUCGAUUGUUUGGAAAGAAAUUCCGGUGUUCAAAAAGUGAUCGAAUUAAAUGAAGCUAAAUCUUUACUUAGAGGUGUAGAUGAAUCGUUACAAAUUGCUGUUUAUGAUUAUUGGUUGGCCAAAAAACUUAAAUUUGGUAAAUCAUUAAUACCGACUGUCAAAACUGAGAAACGAGAUGGUACAUCGGGUAACAAUCCAUACAUCGCUUUUAGGCGACGUACGGAAAAAAUGCAAACAAGAAAAAAUCGCAAAAAUGAUGAAUAUUCAUAUGAAAAAAUGUUGAAAUUGAAGAAAGAUAUAUUCAAUGUCUGCAAUAUAAUGUCGAUGAUAAAAGAGCGAGAAAAGAUGAAAUAUGAACUUGUUAAAAAUGAUUAUGUUAUCUUCCAAACGAGAAAUAUCAACGAAAUGAUUCCGUCGGCAGCUGGCGGCGAAUACUAUUCUUCAGAAGAUGAAAAUUCUAGUGAUUUGAUGUACCAAAGUAGUCAAGGGAAUAACGAGCCGGAUGAUGUUGAUAAUCCAGACGGAAUGUUCUCCUUCAAAAGGAAAAAAGGCUGUUAUUAUCAUGCACCGUUGGAUCAAUAUUCUGGUUGGCCAUGGGAAUCUCUUGAAGAGGGCGGUACAGCAGAUAAACGUUUUCGAUUUAGUUAUACCUCCUUAUCCUGUCCAGCUUAUCCCGUUGGCCUAACACGGCGGCGUAUUGGUCGUGGUGGAAGAAUUCAUUUCGACAGAAUAAAAACACAUAUUGAUUUGGAUGAUAAUGAAGAUCCGAAAAGGAUUCAUUACAAACCUCUUCCUGGUGAAUCGGAUAUGGAACACGAUGCAACUAUAGAAUUCAAUACCAGAUAUUUUGAUGAAGAAUGUUCAUUGUUUUUGAAUAAUCAAUUGAAACAUUAUAUUGAUGAUACAUCAUUGGGAAAGCAGUUAUAUCAGUACAAUGAAAGUGUUUUAUCAAAUUUCAUCGAAAAAAAUCACCAUCAAUGCAACGAUAACCGACUCACUAUGGAAGCACCGCAUCCUCAAAAUUUUAUGUCAAAUAGAACAAUCAACAAGCUACCGGGUUUAAAGUCAACCAAUGGAAAAUUAAAACCAACCGAUCAUCAAAAUUGCCAACAACAUCAAUGCUCAACACCAUCAUUUGUGCAUCCCAUCAAUAUUGAUCUAACUAGUUCAUUGUUGAACAAUACUGAAAACAUCACUAAAGACGAUUCAACAUCAUCUGAAAAUUCUGCCGUAAAACGACCACUCGAUUUGAAUGAAUUCAAAGAUUCCUCUGACAGGAUUAGUAAUCAAGUGAUCAGCUCAUCAUUGUUAGAUGAUUAUAAUGAUGUGUUUCUCGAUGUUCUUGACGGUCUCGAUAAUAAUGAAACAGUGAUGAACACCGAUCAAUUAAAACAAAAUGUUACAUCAUCUCCAGUGUCAGUGAAUGUUAAUAAUGGUCCAAAUCAUUCAACUAAUGAUUCGAGUAAUAAAAGUGAUAGAAACAACAUUCAUAGUAACAAGCAUUUUUCGAAUGAGCCUUCCAAAACAGCAACAGUAAUGACCACCGUAGCCAACACCACGAAUAUCAAAUUUGAAUGUCAAUCAACACCAGAAUAUCCAACCGUUUCAUCAUCUUCACCAUCAUGUAGAUUAAAAUUGACAACGACAGCCGUCACCACAACUAAUACAUCGAACCAAGGUAGCUCAGCUUCGAAUAAUUUUCAUCAUUCAACUGAUGUUACUUAAAAUAAUGACAAAACUAUGAUGAAACCAUUAGAAAAUUAGAGACAUUCCAUAAAUAAGUAAAAACCAAAGAAGGAAAUGUCUUUGAUUAUUUGCAUAGCGUGGAUCGGUAUUAUGU